CGUGACUCCCCGGGGUGUGGCCAGAGGACUUGGGCAACGCCUUCCCGAAAAGCGGCCCCCUCCGCAGCCCGGAAAAUCAAGACCCCGCGCGGCGGCGACCGGACAUGCUCACUGGCGCGGGUCGGGGCCUCAGCCCCGGCAGGAAGCGCCCGCGCUAGGCGGUCCCCCGUGCUGCCAGCUGGAGUCGGGCGGAGCCGGCGCUCCAGCGCAGGGUGGCUCUGCCAGUCCCCGCGCGCCUGGGCGGCCGCACACGUAUCCAAGCGUCACGUCCGCGCGCGCCCCCGGGGCUUGCGUCAGCUGCCGCUCCAGGAGCGAGUGGGCCGUGGUUCUGCGCACCGCUCGGCUUCGGGUCCGCGACGCCUCCGGGAGGAGGAGUCUGGGGGCGCGGAGGGGUGUUCGGAGCGCCGGGGACCGCGGAGAUCGUCAGCGCGGUUCGCCCCCCCCCCCACCCCCAACGCCUGCCCGGCGCCGACCGCCUCCGCUGCUCGGUCCCGGGCUGGGCGCGGUGGCGUUGCCCAGGAGCCCGCCGCCCGCGGGGCGCGCACCGCCUUGACCCCGGCGGCCCCGCGGCAGGCAGGCGCCCGCAGUUCCAUGGUUGGUUCGGAGCGCGAUGAGCCGCCCGUCCUCCACCGGCCCCAGCGCUAACAAACCCUGCAGCAAGCAGCCGCCGCCGCAGCCCCAGCACGCUCAGUCCCCGACUGCGCCCCCGGCCGCCGCCACCAUCUCGGCUGCGGGCCCCGGCUCGUCCGCGGUCCCCGCCGCGGCGGCGGUGAUCUCGGGCCCCGGCGGCGGCGGGGCUGGCCCGGUGUCCCCGCAGCACCACGAGCUGACCUCGCUCUUCGAGUGCCCGGUCUGCUUUGACUAUGUCCUGCCCCCCAUCCUGCAGUGCCAGGCCGGGCACUUGGUGUGUAACCAAUGCCGCCAGAAGUUGAGCUGCUGCCCGACGUGCAGGGGCGCCCUGACGCCCAGCAUCAGGAACCUGGCUAUGGAGAAGGUGGCCUCGGCAGUCCUGUUUCCCUGCAAGUACGCCACCACGGGCUGUUCCCUGACCCUGCACCACACGGAAAAGCCGGAGCACGAAGACAUCUGUGAAUACCGCCCCUACUCUUGCCCUUGUCCCGGUGCUUCCUGCAAGUGGCAGGGGUCCCUGGAAGCCGUGAUGUCCCAUCUCAUGCACGCCCACAAGAGCAUCACCACCCUUCAGGGAGAAGACAUCGUCUUCCUGGCCACAGACAUUAACCUGCCGGGGGCCGUGGACUGGGUAAUGAUGCAGUCGUGUUUCGGCCAUCACUUCAUGCUGGUGCUGGAGAAGCAAGAGAAGUACGAGGGCCACCAGCAGUUCUUCGCCAUCGUUCUGCUCAUCGGCACCCGCAAGCAGGCCGAGAACUUCGCCUACAGACUGGAAUUGAACGGGAACCGGAGGAGACUGACCUGGGAGGCGACGCCCCGGUCCAUCCACGACGGCGUGUCCUCGGCCAUCAUGAACAGCGACUGUCUGGUGUUCGACACAGCCAUAGCGCAUCUCUUUGCAGAUAAUGGGAACCUCGGAAUCAAUGUGACUAUUUCUACGUGUUGUCCGUGAUGCACCAAAAUGAUUUGGGCAUAGCGCUCUGUGGUUAAUAAAGGUUUUUAUAGAUGUUUUAUUCACUAUGUCUUCACAAGUCAGGACCCACAGUUACCCCGUGUUCUGUGUGAACGGCAGCUUCCCAUCUGGCCUUGGCUCAACAAAGUUCAUUAAACUGGGACGGAGGAGGUUGGCCUGUUAGUCACUUGGAGGCCGCUCUGUGACCUAAAAUCAACUUUAUUAUUCAAUUUUAUUCACUUCCUGAACAGCACCUGACAGGUUGUUCGGGCUCCUCUAGACCAGUACGUUAGGAAUCGGAGGCUCUUUCCUGCCUGCCUCCCUGCAUUGGUCCCUGCAAAUUGACAAAAGCACAGUGACCGUCAGCAGAUUCCUUAAGUUGACUUUCAUCUUGUGUCUAAGGGGGUAGGAAUUGUUUUAAUGCAAUUUAAACAGGGUUUCUCAAACCAGAUGGCUAACCAAUGUACAUAGACUCACCUGGAGUGCUCACCUGAAACAGGCGGUCUGGGGAGCCUGCGAAUUUAACAAUCCCAUCAGGGGAUUCUUUCCAACAGUAGAGUUUGAGAAUUAAUGGGUUAAAUUGUGGGAAAGGGUCCAGAUUUUCAAGGUGCUUUAAGAUUGCCCUCUGCUGAUACUGUUUGUCUUUCUACUAUUUCAUCCACACACACCCCCCACCCCCAAAUUAAAACUAGAACUACAGAUCCCCACGAACAUAUUCCUGAGAUCUGGUCACUGUCUCGUGUUUGGGGUGGAUUGCCUAGGAAAGCAAGUCAGAUGGCUCUUGAUGGCUCUCACGUAGUUUUUGCUCAUCACUAGUACAGAAGACCUGUUUACAUGUGGCUUCCCUCAGUGGCCCUCCUUGACUUAGAUGGUGGGAAAGACUAGAUGAGUAGAGUUGGAAACGCUUUCUAACCAGUGUCAUCUGCUUGCUGUUUAAAGGUAUGUGUUGGGUUUGUUUGUUUGUUUUUGCCACGUUCACUUUAGUUUUUUAAUAAAUAUUUUUCAAAAAUGAA